AUGGCAAUCGAAUACUACUGCCAACGAGCAUCUGUUCCUGGUACUCUUCUCAUUACCGAAUCAUCGCUCAUAUCCCCGGCUCACGGUGGUUUUCCCAACGCACCUGGAAUGUGGAACGAUGCACAGGUCGAUGUAUGGAAGAAAAUUGUCUAUGCAGUUCAUGCACGUGGAUGCUACAUCGUCUGCCAAUUGCUUGCCCCAGGCCGCGCUGCAGAUGCUCAGACAUUGCAAAGGGAAGGCGGCCACGAGGUAUUAUCAUCGAGCCCAGUCCCAUUGACGGAUGUCGCUCCGGUUCCUAAGGCUAUGUCAGAAGAUCAAAUUCAGAGUGCUAUUGCGGACUAUGUCAUCGCCGCUGAAAACGCUAUGCGUGCCGGCUUCGACGGUGUUGAAAUCCAUGGCGGUAAUGGAUACCUACUCGAUCAAUUCCUUCAGGACACCUGCAACACGCGGACGGACCGAUGGGGUGGUAGUAUUGAAAACCGUGCAAGAUUUGCAGUCGAGGUUGCGACAGCUAUUGCGAACGUCAUUGGUGCGGAAAAGCUUGGAUACAGGCUCAGUCCUUGGAGUAGUUUCCAGGGUAUGAGAAUGGCACAUCUGAUCCCUCAGUUUUCGUACUUGAUCGAGAAACUGAAAGCCCUCGAACUCGGAUACCUGCAUGUUGUUGAAUCCCGUGUGAAUAACAAUGUUGAUAUCGAGAAGACGGAAGAUAUUCAGUUCGUAUUGGAUAUAUGGGGUCCAACCAACCCUGUUUUGGUGGCAGGUGGAUUUACUCCAGAGUCUGCAAAAAUUGCAGUUGACCACGAAUAUCAAAAAAGUAAUGUUGCGGUUGUCUUCGGAAGACAUUACCUCGCCAACCCGGAUCUACCAUUCCGCAUCCAGCAUGAUCUCAAUUUGAACAAAUACGAUCGGUCGACCUUCUACACACCGAAGACGCCCACUGGAUACACUGACUAUCCUUUCAGCGCUGAAUACCUGACCACAAACAAUGGCUAG